AUGGAUUCAGAGCUGCAAGCCAUUCGUGAAGCCAGGUUGCAAGAGCUGAAACGAGGCUCCAAUGCCGGUGCUUCUGAUCAAAAGCCCGCUGGCGACUCUGUAGCUGCAUUUCUCCAGCCGCAGGCGCUGGAACGUCUUUCCCGCGUUUCUCUUGUCCGGCCAGACCGUGUGCGCGCCGUGGAGUCUUAUUUGCAACAACUUGCCGCUCGGGGCCAAAUCACUCGCAAAGUUACAGAGCAAGAAAUUGUAGAGAUUCUCAACGGUGUGGCGCGCGACGAAAACCGUAAGAAUAGCACCAAGAUCAUCUUUGACCGCAGAGAACUUGGCACGACGGAACAAAAUCAUAACUCAUCCGGCCGCAACUCCCAGAUCGUCUCAGACGGCGACGACGAAGACGACUUCUUCGAUUAA